AUCUGGAGCCCCCCAUUGCAUUAAUCGUACUUGACACUAGCCAGACAAUGACGCAGUCGUCGACUCCGAUCCCCGCCCCCGAUGCCACUGCAUCGUCAGUGUCUGUACAAGAUGUCAUGCUCUACAUUCCAAAUCUCAUCGGGUACUUUCGGGUGUUCACCGCCAUCAUGUCCUUCUGGUGUAUGAAGAACCAUCCUUACUACACAUUGGUGUUGUACGGAAUAUCGGGAUUCUUGGAUGCCUUUGAUGGGUAUGCUGCGAGAAAGUAUAACCAGGGUACCCGGUACGGUGCAGUCUUGGACAUGGUCACAGAUCGUUGUGCCACCUCCUCGUUGAUCUGCUACUUGUGUGUGAUCUAUCCUCAAUACUGCUUUAUUUGGCAAUUGUUGGUCUCACUAGACUUGGCAUCCCACUACAUGCACAUGUACGCCAUGAUGUCGUCUGGAUCGGCCUCUCACAAGAACGUCGAUCUGAAACAGUCCAAAAUAUUGGCUCUCUACUAUACCAACCGUACGGUGCUUUUCUUUGUCUGUUUGGCAAAUGAACUUUUCUACGUGGCCUUAUACUUGCAUUCCUUUGGCUUUUUCUGGUUGGGAACUAUCAUGGUUUGGUUGAGUGCCCCAAUUUGGUUGUUCAAACAGUUUGCCAACGUCAUCCAAUUGAAGGGUGCUGCUUUGAUUUUAGCCACCUUGGACGCUCAGGAGAAGUCCAAGACGGCUUAGAGAUACAAAGAUGUUUUCAAUUUCAAACGUCUUGUCGUCUAAUCCUCCAGUGAUAUAUACUUUAAUGUAAAUUUUGAUCUAUUUAGCUAUAACUGUACGAAAUUGGUUCCAUUUUA